AUGUCACUUUCGAACGACGUCGAGAGGAGCAAGAAGAUUCGAGAAAUCUACCGAUAUGAUGAAAUGUCCAAUAAGGUCCUAAGGGAGGAUAAAUCGCUUCAUUUGAACAAAUCAAAUCCCGUUAAAGAUGCAGAAGCAUUCCAGCCGAAAUCUAUGGUAGGGAGGGUACAUCUGAGUGAUAUGGGGUCGAAAGCGCAUGGCGAAAACUUGAUUGAGGACAGGGAACUUAUCAAAAGAGAAGUAAACAACAGCAGCUCAUUAAGCGCAAAACCAAACGCCAGCAUAAAAGUUUCGAAGCGAAUAAAACGGGGCUCAGUUUUAGCUGGUGCUAGGAGCAACAGCGAUGUAAAUUAUUAUCCUUCGGACGGACACAAUUCAGAAAUAUACGAUCAAAUCGUUCUUCAGUUUUGUGGGAUCCUGGGAAGCGACAUUCCACAAGAAAUCAUCCUUUCAGCGGUGGACUUCACUUUGCAGCUGCUUAUCUCAAAUGGGGAUCAUUUAGGCUCUAGUCUGGAUGAAAAGAAAUCCGAUAUCCAGAAAACUCUAUCGGUAAGCAUAACAGCGGAUCAAUUCAAUAAUAUCUUGAAUCUUUGCAAACAAAUUACGGAUUUUGAUGCUCCAAAAGAGCUUUCGGACUCCGAGAACGAUGGUGUUGCUAUUCUAGCUGACGAUUCCUAUGACAGUGCCGAAAUUGGGGCUGAAGAGGAGAAUCCACUGUUAGACGAAAUCGAGGAAGAUAAUGCAUCUGAGGAGGAAGAAAAUGAGACCGAAUCCACCCAGCAAGUGCUAAAAGGGCCGGUGGUAGGUCAAGCUUUCCAGACAGAGACAGUUACUUUGGAGAAUGACUUACCAUCCGAAAAAAGUCACUUGAAUUUAGCGACCGAGAAUAUCGAUGAGAUGUUUUUGCAUAGACUUUUGAAGCGGCAAUUUGAGCAUACGGAAACGAUAGAGCAAAUUUACAAAGCGAUCAUGGCUCGAUUGAAAAACUUUGAAAACACAACAGCCCUGCAAACGUCUUUGUUAGAUAUAAUUGGACCUGAUAAUGAGGACCUAGCGAAAUUGAUUUCUGAAAAUGCUGCAUUAAUAUACUGGGGAAUCCAACUGGCCAAAUCAACUUUGGAAGAAAAGGAAAAUUUAUACGAACAAAUGAAAUCAUCUCAACUCGACCACUUGAUAGAGCGCUUUCGAUCUUCGCACAAUGGUAACCCAUUAAAACGCCAAAAGUUUUUGCAGUCUGAAGAAGCCGACAGCCCUAAUAAGAAGAGACGAAAGCAGAACGCUUCGAAAGAUGAGCGACUGCCGACUGUUAUCGAUUUAAAUUCCGUUAGUUUCGACCAAGGUGCUGAUUUAAUGACAACUACCAGAAUUAACUUGCCGCCAGACUCAUUCAAACGUGUGAAAGAUAAUUACGAAGAAAUUCACAUUCCCGCCCCAGCGAGGCUGGUUGAAGGCUUCCAGUUGGUGCCCAUCUCGCAGUUACCCUCAUGGGCCCAAGAGGUUUUUCCUAGUGCAGAAGCACAACACCUCAAUCGCAUCCAAUCCGAAGUAUACCCAAGUGCAUUUCUCAACGAUGAUAACAUCCUAAUUUGUGCCCCUACUGGUGCCGGUAAAACUAACAUUGCCAUGUUGACAAUACUUCGAACCCUAGCAAAUUUUAGAGACGCUACAACGGGAAAAAUAUCUUUGAAGGAUGUGAAAGUGGUCUAUAUCGCUCCUUUAAAAGCAUUGGUUCAAGAACAAGUCAGGGAAUUCCAGCGCCGUCUUGUGGGACUAGGUGUAAAAGUCGCAGAGCUGACUGGAGAUUCGAGACUGAGCAGACAACAGAUAGCGGAAACCAAUAUUCUGGUAUCAACACCUGAAAAGUGGGACAUUAUAACAAGAAAGCGAUCAGAAGCGAACCUUAUCGAAAUGGUAAAGCUCCUAAUUAUUGAUGAGGUUCAUCUUUUGCAUGAUAGUCGAGGACCCGUGAUUGAAGGACUGGUGGCGAGGGCCCUAGGUGAUGUCGAAAGUGCGAGUUCGACAAGAAUUGUGGGUCUUUCGGCUACACUUCCCAAUUAUGAAGACGUUGCCAAAUUUAUGAGGGUACCGAAAGGAAAUUUGUUCUAUUUCGAUCCGUCAUUUAGGCCGUGCCCUCUAGCUCAGCAGUUCUGCGGCGUCACCAAAGGGGGUGCUCUACAAAAAGUGAAUGAACUUAACCUCAUUUGUUAUGAAAAGGUUUUAGAAUCUGUGAAGUCCAACAAUCAAGUGAUUGUUUUUGUUCAUUCACGAAAAGAUACUACGAGGACGGCUCGUUUUUUGAAGGAACGACUUCUCCAAGAAGAUACGCUUCGCUUCGUGCAGAACCCGGAAGCGGGAGCCAAUGAAAUCUUAAAGCGGGAAUCAGGGAAUGCUGAAGAUAGUGCUUUGAGUGAUUUGAUGAAGUAUGGGAUCGGGGUGCAUCACGCUGGUUUAUCAAAAUCAGACAGGUCACUCUCAGAAGAUUUGUUUGCCGAUGGCCUCACUUCCAUUUUGGUGUCAACGUCGACGCUUGCAUGGGGUGUCAAUCUUCCUGCACAUACCGUGAUUAUCAAGGGAACCGAUCUCUAUUCUCCCGAGAAGGGUUCUUGGACUCGCCUCUCGGCGCAAGACGUUUUGCAAAUGCUGGGAAGAGCUGGAAGACCAAGAUAUGACACAUUUGGAGAAGGCAUUAUCAUCACCCAACAAGCUGAUCUUCAGUAUUACCUUGCUAUUUUGAAUCAGCAGCUUCCUAUUGAAUCGCAUUUAAUAUCCCACCUCCCAGAUAGCUUGAAUGCGGAGGUUGUGCUUGGAAACAUCCGAACAAGAGGGCAAGCUGUCGAUUGGUUAGCAAGAACUUAUCUUUUCGUGAGAAUGCUGAGGGAACCAUCCCUGUAUAAUGCGAACUUAUCCAAAGGAGACGACCCUACGUUUAACAAAUACCGCGAAGAUUUGGUGCACUCUGCAUUUGUAAUUCUUAAGAGAAAUGGGCUCCUGACGUAUGAUAUUAAAGCCGGGACAGUAUCCCCAACCGAAAUCGGAAGAAUUGCCUCGUAUUUUUAUAUCGGCCAUUCCUCAGUAUCGAUGUAUGCAAGGCAACUGAAUCAAAGGUCAACACUGAUUGAUCUGUUUAAGAUUUUUGCCAUGUCAGAGGAAUUCAAAUACAUCCCAGUGCGACCAGAAGAAAGGCUAGAGCUUAAAAAUAUUUUAGAAAGAGCUCCUGUUCCGGUGACUGACUCUCCUGAUGAUCCGUUGACGAAGGUAAAUCUUCUGUUGCAAAUUUAUGUCUCGAGGCUCAAGCUUGAUGGGUUCGCGCUUAAUGCAGACAUGAUAUACAUAACGCAGAGUGCGACACGGCUGAUCAGAGCAAUGUUUGAACUCAGUACAGAGCAAGGGUGGCCCCGUACAGCCAAGAAACUUCUGAAUCUAUGCAAAUCUGUUAGUAAUCGGUUGUGGUUCAGCAAUACCCCCUUAAGACAGUUUCCCAGCUGUCCAGCGGAGGUAAUUCGGCGUGCAGAAGCUUCAAGCAUCCCAUGGUCACAAUUUUUAAGCCUCGAAACGCCUCAAGAGGUCGGAAAGGCAUUACGGUCGGAGAAACAUGGCAAAGCUAUUUUUGAUUUGAUAAGGCGCUUUCCAAAACUGAACAUAAACUGCACAGUGCAGACGAUAACGCCCACAUGGAUCAAGUUCGAGCUAGAAAUUCUGGCUGACUGGUUAUGGGACACCAAGUUACAUGGGUUUAGCGAAUCAUUUUUUGUGCUUGCAGAAGAUUUUAUGGGUGAGAAAAUACUAUUCCACGAUGUGUUUACUGUAAAGGCCAAUCACGGCAAACAGGAACAAUAUCUUGAGUUCACUAUCCCCAUUGAACUGAGCGCGAACCAAACUUUGCCUCCUAACAUUUUCAUUUCAUUUAUUUCUGAAAAAUGGCUACACUGCGAGAGUAGACUACCAGUGUUGUUUGAUGAAAUUAAAAUGCCUAAAAGAUUUCCAGCUCCUACGUUGGUCUUCGACGAAGGACUUGUUGGAACUGAAAACCUCGAAGUUGAAGAAUACAUUGAAAAGUUCGAGUUCCAGUGUUUCAAUCAAAUUCAAAGCCAGGUUUUUCCUGCUUUAUAUCAAUCGAACGAGUCAGUUUUCAUAGGAGCUCCAAAAGGAAGUGGUAAAACUGCUCUUGCUGAACUCGCACUUCUUAACUUGUGGCGCCAGCAGGGAGGGCGAGCAGUUUACAUUCAUCCAAAUGAAGCAAGGGUGAGGGAGCUGUGUCACAAGUGGAAUGAUCGUUUUUCGACGCUUGCGGGUGGUAAAGUAAUUAAUAAUUUGACAGAUGACUUAUCAGAAAACCUCAAGCUAUUAGCUCACAGCCAUGUCGUUUUGGCAACAUGUAAACAAUUUGAUACGUUAACUCGGAGAUGGAAACAAAGGAAGAAUGUUCAGAGCAUAGAAUUGCUAAUACUUGAUGAUAGCCAUUAUGUGGGCAGCGGGCUCGAAGGAGCAAUGUACGAAAACAUUGUUUCUCGUAUGCGCUUUAUAUCUACAAACUUGAGCAAAGACCUUCGGAUAAUUAGCUUAUCGAAUCCAAUAGGCAAUAGCCGAGACUUUGGAGCUUGGCUGGGCAUUUCAAAGGAAAGCGUUUUUAAUUUUCCUCCAACUUCUCGUAUCCGGCCUCUCCAAGUACAGCUCCAGGUAACGAAUAGCACUGAAGCAGUUGGAGAGUUUGAGACGAUUAUAAAGAGCAUCGAGGAAUUAUCUUUUGGUGAUUCGUGCAUCAUCUUCGCAUCUUCACACUAUGAUGGGCUGAAGGUUUGCCGCGGCUUGGUAAGAAAAAUGGCGGAUUAUAACAUUUCUGCUUUAGGGAAAAACGAUAUUCAGACCAGACUUCACGAUAAAAGCCUAGCAGAACCUCUGUACCAUGGAAUUGGUCUGCUGUCUGGUAACAUGAAUGCUUCGGACAAAGCUUUUAUCAAGGACUUAUUCUCGAAAAAAGUACUGAACGUUGCAAUUUUAAGAAGAGAGGAUGCCUUUACUGAUUUGAAUGCGCCUCUUGUUGUAGUCGCGGGAACUACAUUUUAUGAUAAACGCGAACGCAGAAAUGUUGGAUACGAGGUCAACGAACUCUUGGAAAUGAUUGGAAUUGCUCGUUCUUCGACAAAGCAAGCGAAAGCCAUCAUUUUAACCCGAAGACAAUCUAAGGAAUACUACAAGAAAUUUCUCAGCGAGCCCACUCCUGUUGAGAGUUUCAUGUAUUAUCAUUUCCAUGAUGUUUUCAUUAAUGAGAUCAGCACAGGAAUAAUUGAAACCAAACAGGAUUGUAUCGAUCUCAUUACCUAUACUCUCUUUUACCGCAGAAUCCAUGCAAACCCAAGCUACUAUGGCGUGAAAGAUACUGCACCUGAAGGGAUUUCGGCUUAUCUGACUGAAGUGGUUGAGGAAGUUUGUGGAGACCUCGUGAAUCUAUCAGUGGUUGAAAUCCACGAGGGAGAUGGCUCAACUCAGGAUUCAGGUGGUUCGAUUUUACCGCGCAAUAACUGUCUAAUAGCCGCCCAUCACGGUCUUCGUUUUGCGACUCUACAGAUUUUCAUUAGCCAGCUCUCGAGCAAUUCUAGCCUGCGAAAUAUUUUAGAAGUACUAGCGAAAGCUGGGGAUUUUCACACUGAUGAUGACAUUGCAGCAAGCGAUUUGAACGUUCUCUCCAAUUUGUACAGGAGACUUCCUUUGAACACAAAAGAGCUAGAAGACAUUGAAUCGACAGCGUUUCAGACGUUUGUUCUCAUCCAAGCCUACUUCACGAGAUCAAAGCUUCCCAUCCAUCUGGUCAAGUGUCAGCAAGAAAUUGUACGUACUGCCUUGUCGCUCGUUCCUGCAAUUGUGGAUAUUCUUUCAGGCGAAGGACAUUUAAAUGCGUCUGUGGCAAUGGACGUCUCUCAAAUGCUGACACAGGGUUGUUGGGACACUGACAGCCCUUUGAAGCAGGUACCAUACUUUGAUGACAAAGUCAUAAAAAAAUGCACGGAUAAGAAAAUCGAGACCAUCUAUGAUAUCAUGGCCCUCGAGGACGAUGAACGCGAAGAGUUGAUGUUGUUUCCAGAGUCAGAACUGUUUGAGAUUGCUCGCUUUGUGAACAAUUACCCAAACAUCGAGCUUUCUUAUUCAGUGGACUUGACCGACGGCGCAACUGUGGGGGAGGAGCUUACUGUGAGCGUGACAUUAACAAGGGAUGAGGAACCUGAAAGCUUGUACGCCGUCUCAGGGACUUACUCCUUUAGUAAGAAGGAAGCAUGGUGGAUUUUUGUGGGAAAUCCAUCAACCAAGGAGCUGCUUGGCAUUAAAAAGGUUUUUUUAAGGAAGAUGUCUCAAAGUUAUGAUCUGAAAGUCGAACUGCUGAACGAGGGCCCACAAGACUUUACUAUUUGGUGUGUAUGUGAUUCCUAUAUGGAUGCCGAUAAAGAGGCUACAUUCCACAUCGACGUUUCUUCUAGAAGGUAA